AUUUUCUGGCAAACCCACAGAUCUACGCUACAUGCACCAUUUUCACUGCUAUUAUAAUCAAGUAGUCAUGAAUACUUCCGGUUAAUUGUAGAUACAAAGAUCAAAGUCCUUUUUCAGCACCAUCGAGGAAAAUAUACAUAAUUUUGUUUGAUUAAUACCUGAGUACAAGGAGACAGGAAAAUGGACAGCGGAGUGACAGUAAUAACCAAUCCCACGGUGAAUGUGCGCUUAACAAGCACCCUCUCCUCCUUCGAGGUGCAGCGCAGGUUCAACAGAGGGAUCAGUAUAGCAGAACUAAAGGGAAAGUUGGAGAUGAUUGUGGGUGCACCGGCCUCCUGCAUGGACCUGGAGUUAUUCAGCAUCUCUGACAAGUUCCUGCAAAAAAUGGAUGAGAAUGAAGCUCUGCUAGGAUCGUAUCCUGUGGAUGACGACUGCAGAAUACACGUUGUUGAUAGAAGUGGUGGGCAGAUGGGCGAAUUCACUGAUGUUUCCAAAGUGGAGAAAUUUGAGCUCCCAGAUGAUGCUUAUGAUAAGAGAACAGACACAGCCAGGUCAUUUAUGAAGAAGCAACGUGUGGGUCGCUUCAAUGAGGAAGAAAUGGCCAAGAAGAAGGCGGAGAAUGCUGCACGGGAAGAGGAGCAGAAGGCUGCUGCCGAUGCCAUUGCAGUUGGCGGCCGCUGCAAAGUGCAGGUCCCCGGUCAGCCCACGAAGCUUGGCACAGUCAUGUAUGUUGGAACAACAGAUUUCAAGCCGGGCUACUGGGUGGGUGUGAAGUAUGAUGAACCACUGGGCAAACACAAUGGAACUGUUGAAGGGAAGCAGUACUUUGAGUGCGAGAACAAAUACGGUGCGUUUGUGAAGCCCCUGAGUGUGACUGUGGGGGAUUUCCCUGAGGAGGACUACGGUUUAGACGAGAUCUAGGACUGCACAGUUUUUCUGCCCCAACCUCGCACCUUUAUCCAUUCACCAAGCAGAGAAGAUGGCGCGUCAUUUUAGUGUGGCAAAUUAGAAUUGUUUUGCCUGUGCUUCUCUGGAAGGCAUGAUCCUAAAGCACUUUCUCAGUAACUUGACAGACUUUUGGGUUCUCGUACCAACAGGCAUUUCAUAAGGUUGGGGAUUUUUUUCUUUUUCUUUUUUUUUUUGCAGCAAAAUGAAGGUUUCUGUUGUUUGUUCCUUACUACAAACACUUCUGUUCAAGUCAUAGCGCUUCCUGUAAUUGUACUUUAUUUUUGUUCUCAUGUUUAGUAAAUGUCAUUGUGUACAAAGAUUAUUGUAUAUAACUGUUUAUAGUUAUCUGUAGUCUUUGCAUUUUUUUUUUUUUGGUUUAAAGACUGAGUUGCUGGUAGGAAAAUUCACCCAGCCACACUUUGACACUAAGAUAAAAAGCGGCAUUGUGUUACUAACUUUGUAUAAGUGAGUUAAACCCGAGGUGCUUUUUCUUCCUGUCGCUUAAGAUUCUUGCUCGCUGGCAAAUUUAAUGUCUGACUCACAAGGAUUUUGGCAGAAGAGGAAGAAACAGUAGAUCCCAUCUCACCAGAUAUAUUUCCUGCUCUUUUUUGUUGUACUUUGCAGUUAAAAAUUUCCUCAUAGACAAACUGUGCCUGAAAUUUUUGUGCCAAAGUGUGCAAGGGUCGAUGUUUUUUCUUUUUCUUUAAAAGUUCAAUUCGUUAUUUUUGUUUGGAAGUAGGAUGUGCAACAGUCCAGAUUUUAGCUUUCAGAGUAAAGAUAAAAUGUAAUUUCCAUUUAUUUUUCUGUGACACAAUUCUUCUUGUUAAACAUUAAAUUUGUGCACUUGAAUGUAUCAUGCGUGUGUUGAACCACUGAACUAAAAGAGCUUUCAAAUUUAAAAUUUGAUGAGGCUCAGUUUUACUAUUUUCUUCACUGAGCAAUCUGAAUUUACUUAAAGCUCCAGUCACACAUGCCUACAGACCAGCCAGCGACCCAUUGGCAACCCCAAAAAUAUGACUUCGAGCAACCGCUAAAUCACUGAAAUUCAACUUUUCAUUGGGUGGGUGGUUGGUGAUGGAGAAUGCAUUUUUUUUCCCCUAGUGACCAGUGAUUGCUCACUUAUUUCUGUGACUUAAUUCAGCCUAUUUUCAAGUCUUUAAUUGCUGCAGUUUAAUGUAAACACAGCAUGUUAAAUUUCACAGAGAACAUCAGAAUCAGAAUACUUUAUUAGUCCCAGAGGAAAUUAUUUAAAUGUUAAUGAGUCAGCUUUGGUUCUAAACCUUUCAUUAUGUAUCGAUUCAUGCUUGAGUAAACUCUGAAAUAAACCUGGUUAUGAUUACCGCCUGUAGCACAGUUAGCAAUUGUUUUUGUGAAGUGUACAAAGUACCUUCAGAUGCAUUUUGAUCGUACAUACUCGAAGGCCAUCAAGUUAAAACACAACACUCACUCUUGGACUGUGUUUCAAAUGGCCUUAUUUAUGCUUUGUUUUAUGUUACUGAUCAAAACCUCUUCAUGUCUUUGUCCUCUAUUGCUUAUAGAACAAAUGUAAAAGUCUUUUUAAGGAAAUGUCACACAUGGAAAAUUGUCCAAGUGUUUUCUCUUUUCCUUAAAAUCUGUGUCUAUCUGAGGUACUGGUGUUAUGUGCCAAAGCGUAAUGAUUAGAAAUGAGAAGUGUUUACCAGUACACUUAUAGCUUAUUAAAGUGAGUGAAUCUA